AUGGCUACGUCUGUUGUUAUCGGAAGCGGGAAGGUCGCCGAGACUCUGGCUGCACUUAGUGAGUUGGGAAAAUAGAAUAAAACUCAAGAAAAAGCUUCAAGAUUAGGAGAAAGUUAUGGAGUUUUGAAACCAGUCAACAGCUGAUAACUGAUAACAGAAAGAGAGAACUUUUUUAUCUUAUCUUAAAACUUUCCUUCUUUUUUCUUUGUUUUACUACUUUCAUUAGAGGUUCCAGCUUCCUUUGACAACUUAGAAAAAAAAAUCAAAGGAUGGUCCAGAAUUUUUAUAAAUGAUAUUAAUUCAAAAGAGAUCCUUAAUAAUUGUUGAAAACUAGAAGAAGGGAGGUUCCUCAUGAAAUUCACGUGACCUAUUCCUAUACCACCCUCGUUGUUCACAACAGCCGUUCGGGCGGCUAUCGAAUGGGGCCACACACAUUUUGCACCGAUUGGUCUUUGUUUGGAGAGGAAAUCGAUAGGAAAAUAUUAAUGUAACAACUCGAGAGGGCUUUUUAAUCAUUUUAAGUUCGAAGUCAAAGUCAAAAGAUUUGCUUCAUGAGAUUUUCAUAUCUAGAAAGAUCUAAGUUUGCUUAAAAACGGACUCUGAUACAUUUCAUGAUUUUGUGAUCAACUUGGAAAAAGUCUACGCUUCAGGCUUUGCUUUAUAAUUUUUCAAUAAGCUUAGAACUUGAAAAAACUCGUAAUUUUUUUGAAAGAAAGAAGAAUGCAAAAAAUCACGACCAAUUCUCUCAACUUGAAAAAUAAACUCAAUAAACUUUUAGUGUGCACGACCGGCCGAAGAGUCGCCCUUUGCGCCCCUCGACUUCAAUCUCAAAAAUACAUCCGCCAAGUGAUCCAAGCCGAUUCGGAACAGAAAAUCCCGAUGAUGUUCAUCGACGACUUGAAGGUAAUAUAGAGAAUAUCUAGUCCCUUAUCCACGUUUUUAAAAAGAAAAAUGUUCACAACUAUCACUAUAUUCCCUUUUUUGAACAAUCAUUCUUACUAUGGGACAAAAUUUAUGAGAACGUUUAGGGGAUUUCGAGCUUAAAAUUGAUUUUUCAAUUGAUUGGUUCUUGGUGUUAUUCAUCAACUACUUGUCAAUUUGCGCCGUUUCAAAAAUUCAGAGAGGGUUUUUUAAAAAAAGACUCUUUUCAACAUAAAUCCGAGACUCUUUUGGACUUUUUAAAGUAGUGAAUUAGCCACCACAAAUUUGGAACUUUGACUCAUUUGUUCCAAUUUUCAGCACCAACAAACUCUUGCGGCUCGAAGCUACAACCGCCUUUCGGUCAAUGUCGACCUCAACAACAUCAAAGAAGUCCAUGAGAUCAUCGAUGCUACUACUGGUUAGUUUCUUGAUUUGUAUUAUUUAAAAUAUAUAUUUUGAAGUUUGUAUAAAGUUAGAUCAUUCUGAAAAAUUGCAGCCGAAGAAAGCGACCUGCUGUGGUCGACUUUGGAGACCUUGCCAAAAAGCCACGAUAAUUUCUUUGAACGAGAGAAUUCCGAUGCAUUCUCAGCACGUUUCUCUGAGACUCUACGAUCCGAUUUUGGAGACCAAGUCGGCUAAGGUUCGUUUUUCAAGGAAAUGAUGAAAUUUUGGGCCGAAAUAGGACUUUUUUUCGACGCGGAGGAAAUGCAUCUUUCUCGAGUUUCAUGUGAUUUUUUUACAUUUUUUUGUUUCAUUCUAUCUUUAAAAAUAUAGAAUGAGAAUAGAGAGAAUCGUGAGUACUUUUUAAAGAAGCAUUACUUUAAGGUUAAAAUUAUAUCGAAGCAAAAAUAUUUUAACUCAAAAAAAUAGGUCUUCCAAGUUGAAAAAUUUGUUCAAAUUUCUUAAGAAAAUCUUGAUUUUUUCCCCAAAAAUUGCCUGAAUGAUACUCUGAACUCUGUUCGGUUUCAUUGAUUCCUUCAAACUUUAUUCUUUUUCUUUUUUCUCCCUUUUUAUCAAAGAAAUCAUUUUUCCCUUAUCAUCUGAUUGACACAUUCCAAAUUUGCAACACCAACAAUAAAUAAUAGCAAAAAAAAGAACCAGGAAGAACGGAAAGAUCAAAACUGAUUGAUAGAUUGGUGAUAAUCAUUUUGCAGAUUUUCGCCCAUGUUCAAACCGAUAACGCGGCUUUGCAACGGGUUUACGAGCUCCUUUAUUCGAUGGGAAUCUCUGUUUUGAGUUGCGAGGAGUCGAAAGUCGCUGAUAGGUUGGUUUUAAAUAGAAAAGAAUAGUCAAAAAAGAAAAAAGCCGGAAAAAGACACAUUUUGAACGUUAAUGAAAAAAGUUCUGUAGUUCUAUGACUCCACUUCAUUUUGAAAAUACAGAUGAUUUAUUUGUAGGUUUCUCUGCCAAAGGGGCUCUGAAAAUGAGCCCAAGAUAGAAAAAUGGGUCCUGCAGCGAAAUGGAAGAAAAUCUUUGGAAUACUGUAGGGAUUUCAAGUUUUUUCUUGAUAUAGAGAAACUCAUUUUUUUUUUUUUUUUUCAAAAAUGAUCUCUGUAAAAAUACGAACUGAACUUCCUCAUUUUUUUCUUUCUAUCAAGAAAUUUCACCGAGAUGAGUCAAAACAAUUAAAUUAAAGCCGAAUGCUUCGAACCUAAUCUCGGGAAAAAAAUCUGUUCCUUGUUUUGCAGUGAGGUUUUCUGAUGGGAAGAAUGCGGUAGGAAAAAAAUGUUUGCCUUAAAAAAAUUUUUUUAAAGAAACAUUUGCGAAUUUCUUAAAGGUCUCGAGGCGAUGAGCCGAUUUUUGCGCUUUUUUCGUUUCGAGGAACUUCUUAGACAUAAGAAACCUAUUGAAAAACAUAACUUUUCAAAAAAAGAAAAACAGUAAAAAAAUGCUCAUCGUUUCAGGACCCUUUUUCACGAAAUUAUUUUUUUCAGCUUUUUUUGAUCACUUCUCUCUCAAAUCCUUGAAUGUAGAUCCAAAAAUAAAGGUUCAUUGUAGAAAAAAAUUAUAUAUUGAGCGUAAAAAAAUUAUAAAUUUACCAUUUGCAGAAUCGUGAGCGACAUGUUCGCCGUGAAAAAGUCGGAUCAACUGACCAAAUUGAUGACGACUUUGACCUCCCCUCUUCAAUCCGCCACCCGAGAAACCCCCAAAGUCGACCAAUAUCAAUUGUUUUAAAUUGAAACCAUCCUCUAGUCAUAUAUUUUACACUCAAUUUGUUGGGUUCCUUUGUCAGUAAUGUACAAAUUUUAUGCAUCGCGCUCGGCUUGACAAUGGAAAUAAAUGCUUUAAUCGUUUUUCUUUUUUUCUUUUUUUUUUAAAUAGGCAAUUCAUCUUUUGCCUACUUAUGAAAGUUAUGUGAAAGAAAAAAGGUUUUGAAAAUCGGAAAAAAAAAAAUUAAAUCAAAAAUCCGAAAACCCUUGAAGGUCUUGGAGUUGAACAGAUUUGAAAAAUUUCAACUUUUAUUGAAUAUUCAAAGAAUUUAGGUAGUGAAAAUUCAAAAAAAAAGCACGAAAUUUGCGAAGAAAAGAGAGUGACGCGGCUUGAAGAGACGCCAGAGAAAAAGAGAUUCCUUACUUUUCUGAAGUCUCUUCACUCGUCAUCACUCUCUUAUUUUUCUUUUUUUUUUGGAAUUUGUUCAAUUUGAUGUACCUGAAACCUAAUAAUAUUGAAUAUUACUUUCAGUUUUCGCUUUUUCUGAAAAAGAAAGAUCCUUAUAUCAGUUUUAAGAAAAAAGUUUAAAAAUGAAAAAAGUUGUUUUCAUGAGUUUUUGCCUUAAUCCAUUGAAUCAAUACAACAUCGUUCUCAGACACUCUUCGAAAAUUUUUUCAAAAGUCACGGAAGACCCUCCAAUUUCAAGAAUACUACUGAAUGAUUAUCAGAAUCACUAUCUAGGCGCUUGACCGCUGGGAAGAAACCCGUCAUUGGCAUAUUGCCUUCGGAAAAUCUUCCAUAACAACGGUGCAUACUGAAAAAAUGAAGAAAUUUUCAACUGCGGUGGGGAUGACCCAGUAGGGAUUCUAUUUAUCAAGUAUAUAAAAGCGGAGAUCCAGGAGAAUGGCUUCAAUGCAGUGGCAGUCUCGUCGGCGUGAUGCCUACGAAUCGGUGGUUCACUACGAGUUUUGUGAGUUCUUUCAAUUGAUUUAAACUUGAACUGAGCGCUAAAAAAGGGUUUUAUGGGGAAGGAAGUGAAGAAAAAAACAAAUGUAAAAAAAUAUAAAAAGCCAUUUUAAUUACUGUGUUCGCUUUCUGUGUAGUGCACAAGAAGCGACAAGACCUACGCGCAAAAGUUGAAAAAAUGGGUUUUUUUUUUCGUUUUUCUCAUUAAACUUUUUCGAAGUUUUAUUGAUAGAAAGUUCCGUCUUGAAAUUCAUUCAGAAGUUUUGAAAAUAUAAGGAUGCCGCUUUGAAACACAUUUUAGCGCUGCUUUAAGAAAAAAGUUUCAGUUUUAAGAUUUUAAUUUUUUUUUUCUCUUUGUAAACUUUCAAACAUGUUUCAAUUGACUAUAAUCUUGAAUAAAAAUUUUAAGUGAGUUUGAAAUUUACAGAGUAGUAGCAUCUUAUUUGGUAAAAGGCCGUAAAAGGAAAUAUACUUUACUUUCUCAUUUUUUUUUCUUUAUUGUUUGUAUUUUCUUGAAUUUCUUCAUUGCUUUGAAGCUUGAUUUUUCAGUUAUUUCUUUCUUCAUGUCGAAUAUUCCUAUCCCAAGUUCAAACCAACGAUCCUCGACAAACAACACGAGUGGAUGUUGGUGUGAUGAUGUCAAAGAACAAUCCGGCGAUGGCCGACGCCGUCGGAUGGCAAAAUUCGGCGUCGGCGAUUGAAAUCGCCGUUGAUCGGAUCAAAAAAGAGCACCUUAUCGACGAUAUUUAUUUGAAGUUGAUAAAAGUAGACCUCAAAUUGAUAUAAAUAUGGAAAUUAUAGUUUUAUUUACGUGAUUGACGAUUGCAUCGAAUCGAAAGCCGCCGGCCUUUCUUCCCAACUUUUCAUCGAUGCCAACGUCAGCGCGAUUAUUGGCCCUAGUUGUAAUGCAGGUUUUGAGAAAGGAAAAUGUCCACAAGUCCUUGCUAGGGUGUUCAAAGGCGCAUAGACAAAUUUUCAAGAAAGUUUCGUUUUUUUUUUUUCGUCGUUCCGUGCCUUUAACUACCGAAGUAAUGGUUUUUGGACAGAUUUUUAUAUUAUUUUUUUCAAUUCAAUUUGAAUGUAUAUAUUUUUUCAGCCGCUCUUUCUGUGGCGAAUCUGGCCGCCUUUUAUAAUACAGCCAUUUUGACGUGGGGUCUGACGAUCGCCUCGGCUCUGUUGGACAAGCAAAGAUAUCCAACUUCGAUCACUAUUUCUCCAGUUUCUCAGACGUGAAUAUCAAAGAUUUUUUGAAGUUUCAUAAGGAAAAGUGUUUAGAAAAUUCAAAAAUAAGGCUUUCUUUCAAUUUUUUGGAUCUAUGUUCAUACACUUCACGGUUUUUUCGAUCUUUUUAAACAUUAAAAAAAUCCUUGUUUAAUAAGCUUGCCAGUGCCCCUUCAAAUAUUCCAAUUUUGUCGAAAACCCGAACUUUUUCCAUGUCCAGGGUCUCGGUCGGCAUCUACGAGACGAUGCUCAAGUUCCAGUGGACCGAGUUCUCCUACAUCUACGUCGACGACGAAAAAUGUCCGUACUUUAAAGAGGACCUCGAGGUUGGCUCGAAGCCAAAAAUCCACGUGUUCUCAAUGUCCAGCAGGCCCUCACCUCGGAUUCCAACUACACGACGAUGGCCAGAGUCGUUCUGCUCACCGAUUUGUCGACUGCGAAUAUUCGUCGGCAACUGGAAAAGCUGAAAAGCGUCUCCAGAAGUGAAUCUUGAAUUUUCAUCGUUUUAAGUCCUCCUAGGACUUUUCAAAAUUUUGACGCUAGCCAACUUUAAGAAUUCCAGUGUAUUCCCUAUAGGUGUUAGGGGAAAAAUAGCCCCUUAAGGGGCCGAAAAAGUGGCCCCUAUAGGCGUAAAAUCAAGGUGGCCCCUAUAGUGGUUUAUGGUCUGAGCACUUAGCCCUUAAAGCUUUAGUGGUCCCUAUAGGGGUCUUCCAUUUUUAUUCAAAAAAAAACGCCUAUUUAUUCAGUUUUUCACAUGGAAAUGCUUCUUUGCAUAGAGUUCAAGAAAAUUAUCGACUAGCAUGACCCCUAUAGGGACCUCUAACUAAGACCCCUUUAGGAGCAACUCUUUCAAACUUCAUUAGCCCCUAUAGUAGUUGGUAAAGUGGUUCCUAGAGGAGACCUUCAAGGGCCCUUAACGUUGCCUUUAUUCGGACCAUUCUGGAGUUACUAAGAAGCAAUAGUUUUUCGGAAUCCUAACUCUUAAAUGCACAAAAUCUAAAAGUGAUGCUUGAAAAAACCGUUCAAGACUUUUGCUUGUUUCAUUUGAAUAACUCACAAUUUUUUUUUCUAAACUCGGAAAUCUUCAACCCUUUUUCUUCGAGUACUGUAGGAAGAAUUACAGUAUUCGUCCUGUGCAUGCCCGAAACGGGACCGAACGUCAAGAGGACGUUGAUGUUGGAGGCUCACGACCUGGGGAUGACCAACGACGAAUAUUUGUACCUUUUCGCCGGCCCCAAGUCUACCGCCUAUCGUAAGAAGAGAUUUUUAAGUUUCUCAGAAUCUUUUCAAGGAAAACGAAGAGAAAAUCUGAAGUUUCAAGAUUUUUAAACUCAUAAAAGGCUGAAGUUUAAACUUGGGUUUUAUUACAGUUCGAGUCUAUUCACGAGUUCUAUAACUUGAAAAAAAUUUCGUAAUUUAGUUAUACUUUAUCACAAGAGUUAUGAUAGUUUUGACGAGUUCUGGGAAAAUUUUAAGUGGCCACUAUAGAGGCUCGCCAAGGACUACAUGGAGAGGGCACUAAAGUGGCCACAAAACCCACCUCUAUAGUGGCCACUUCAGUAGUUUUUCAUUCAGUAUUCCUUCCAGCAACUCUGAUAAUUGUAAAACAAAUAAACUGGACCGAUUAUUUCGAUCCAUUGACCCCUAAAGUGGCCACUAAAAUUUCUAGUGGUCUAGUCGUAGCACUUAGACCUCUAUAGUGGCCACUAAUUUUUAACCCAUUUUGUGGCCACUAAUUUGACUACUGUAGUGGUCACUAAAACAUCAAAACCCUAUAGUGGCCACUUAAAAUUUCCCCAGUCGAUUUUUUGAAAUCAACAUGUUUUAGUUUUUUUUUUUCUUUUGCAUUUAGAGGUCCUAAUAACCUUUCUUCUGAAUCAUAGUUCUCUAAACAGAGAAAAACGUGAUUAUUUCAAGGUGCGGGAGGAAGCCAUUUAAAAUUCAAAUUUUGAACACUGGUCAGUGAAAGUAGAGUUUCGAAAGGUUCAUAAAUAGUUUUCUAUACUUUUUUUUUGAGUAACAAAUCAAACUUUGGGGGUGCAAACCGGCUAAGCGAAUUUCGGUCAAAAUUUUGACAACAAAAGUCAAUAUUUUUCAAGUAACUUUUUUCAUUUUCCGAGUUCGCAACCGCAAAAGGACGAGAUUCUGCGGCCGGUGGCACCCCCAAAAACAAAAGGAGAAACGCGACGGGUACUGGAAAUACUGAUCCUGAGCGUUUCUAGAGCGCAAUUUAGAGCAGACUUCGUCGAGCGGCGAGGUCGUCGCCAUUUGGGUCGACUGGGAGAAAAAUCCCGACGGGCGGGACGAAGACGCCCGGAAGGCCUUUCUCAGAACCAUGGUGGUGGGUUUUGGAAUGAAAAAAAAACAAAGUUGUUUGGGUUUUCCAUGAAGAAGUCGUCUUCACAGUUUUGGUCACUUUCUUGACUUUUUUUUAGGGUUUUUCCAUCAUUUAAAAAAAUUUUUUUGUUGAGCUGAAAAAAAUUUAAGCUUCAGAAAGUUCUAUGAAGAAGUUUUUUUGAGAACUCGUAGAAGUUCAGGGAAAAAAAUAGAAAAGAAAAAAAGGCUGAAAAAUCCUAUUUUAUUUCAAAAAUUCUGCUGAUUAUUUUGAUAAAAAAAGAGGUUUAUUUGGCCCAGAAAUAUAUUUUUUUUAUAAAUUUGGCUUCAGAAAAGUUCCUUAUCUGCAUCUUUUUAAGAUACAAUUCUAGAUUCAGUUUGAAUAUUUUGCCGCAGAUGUCGCAAAAAAAAGUCAUAUUUCAGCUUGUCGCCACACCGAUAGAGGGACAAGAAUAUGCCGAUUUCAAAAAAGAAGUCGUCCAAAGGAUGAAAGUCGCUCCAUUUUUCUGCGUCGAGGAGUGCGCGGCGCAUGAAUAUCAAGAAGUUCAUCAUUUGUAUUUUUUGCAUUUUGUUUAUUUUUGUUGUGUUGUGAAAAGUUUCCCUGGUUAAAAAACGGAGCUGCGGAGCCCCGGAUGCCAAAAAUGGUACUUUGAUAAUCAUUUUAUGAGAAAUUCCUGCUUCAAUUUUUUUGUUUUCGAAAUGAGCGAUUUGGACUCGCGCAAAGUUUUCGAUUGAUUUUUAACAUUUUUUUUCUUCUCGGCUCUUUUUUUCCUAUGAUUUUAAUCUUUAACAGUUUUUUUUUCAGGCCGCCGAAUAUGCUGAUCAACUUCAUGACACCGUUUACUUAUAUGCUUUGAUAUUGAAUCGAACCCUUCAAGAACAAAAUAUUGAGAGUAUUCGAAAUGGCAGUGGGCUUCUCGUCAAGACGGCUAUCGAGUUUGAUGGUAGGAGAAAAAAUGGAGACGAUAACCUUCAUUGGGGAAAAUUUUAUCGAAAGUCUGUUUUAAAAAAUGCUAAAAAGCCAGGAAGACGACGUCAUUGUAGAAAGAUAUGUGCUCCAUUGAUAAUCGAACUGGAUUUUCCCAAAAAUAAAGAAAUUACACUUGUUUUUAAGCUUUUUUUUAUAUGAUUUUUCAUGAGUUCAAGCAUUUUUUAGUAAAUAUUCUAGGAAAUAUAAUUUUUUUCAAAGGGAUUUUCAAGGAAUGUCGGGACAAGUUAGAAUGAACGAGGAUGGUCAGAGAAUGCCGAAUAUGAUUCUGGCGAAUUUGGACUCGACUGGGGCUCAGAGAACUGUCGCGACUUUGGCGAUUGAUGGCCGAUUAGUGGUGGGUUUCAUAGAGAAAAAAAAGACAGAAGUAUUUAAGGUUAAGUUUAAAAGAAGGGAAAUUAUUCGGGGUGAGGUCAAAACUAGUAGAAGAUUGUCAAGAGAAAAAACAAAUCAGAAACGAAUUCCAAUAAAAAUCCUCCCUCUGUAAGCCUCAAAGUAUUCUGACAGGGAGGUCAUUUUAUUUUCCGGCUGGGAAUAUCCUGAAACUUGCCCAGAACACUUUUCGAUGUACAACAUGAAGAUCCUGAAAGUCUCAAUAUAGCCCAUUUUUAUGGAUUUUGAUGGUUCCCUUUGAAGUCUCUUUUCUCAAAAACGAGGAAGUUUCACAGGUUCUCAGAACCUUCUUCUGGUACAUCAAGGGGUGUUCUGGACAACUUUCACAAAUCGCAAAGUAAAAUGACCUCCCUUGUGAGAAACUGUGAAGCUCCGCACUGCGUUUUGAAAAGUUCGACUCCAUUUUUUGGAUCCUUUUUCAGAACUGGACCUACGCCAUUGAAGAUCAAGGCCUGAUUUGGGACGCUUAUCGUGGAAAUCAGCCGUUGACAAGGCCUCUUUGCGGCUUCACUGGUAUUAAUAUUUUCUGAGAAAAAUAGGUUUUAGGGUACCUUAUGAUAGCCAGAUUAGCUUUUCAAGAAUUGUAAAAUCAGUAAAUUAAAGUUUUAAAGUCGAAAAAUCGAGUAAUUUUGGCCUAUUUAUUUAAAUUCUAGCUGAAAAUAGCUUCUUAUUCAGUCUUCAAGGAAGAUUCUGUGCUGAAUAACUCUUCAUACAGAACUUAAAAAAGGUGGAUAGUUUUGAAUAAACCAUAAUUUUUCCAGGAACCAACUGUCCAAUCAAUUUUUUCGUCGAUUAUUUAUUCGUCGUCAUUAUUGUUGGCUUCAUCAUUGCUCUUUGUUUGGUGGCGGCGAUUUUGGCCAUUUAUUGCAUUAUUAAGUGAAUUUUCAAUUUAUUAUCACCCCAUUCGCCAAAACUUAUUUCACGGUGCUCUCUCGUUUUUUCGAGUUAUUUUCAUGAUCUCAUCAUUUUGUCAGUGAGGGAAAAGAGGGCGAAGACAGGUCCGAGUCGUGGCGAAUGAAAAAAUGAGAGAUAUAAAUCGAUGAGUUAUUAUUUUGAGGACACGAAAGCUCGAACAAAAGCGGCUGGAUGAUCUUUGGCACAUUUCGAAAAUUAUGUUAAAGCCGAUCGUCGCGAGCAGCAAGAAGGUUUCUUGCACCCGACUUUGAAACGACUUGCGCAUUGUUGCGAAGUUUAGCGAGCUUUUAUUUGGAAGCUCCGGAAUUUCAAUUUUGAAUAGGCUUCAAAUGUUCCCUAUUGAUCUUAAACUUUAAAAAAAAUGCCCAGUAUAUAUAGCAGUAAUCUCCAUUUCUCAAGAUUCAUAUAUCCAUUAAGGCCCAAGAAAUCCACUCGAGCCGAUCUUUACAAAGCGGCGCCACGGCCCACACUUCCUCGACAAGGAUCACUUUUGAUCGACAGGCCGAAACGGCUCGAUACGCCUUCUUCAUCUAUGAGAACGAAUUUGUGGCCGCCAGAAAGCAUCCCGUUCGUGUAAUGUUGCUCCAAUCGGACAGGUCGAGGCUGAGAGAGGUGAUUAUUAGAUUUUAGAGUGCUCCCUGUAGGGGUUAGGAUAACAAAAAGCCCUCAUAUGGGGCGAAAAAGUGGUUCCUGAAGGGGUGAAAUUUAGGUGGUCCCUAUAGGGAUUUAGGGCCUGACCGUUCAGCCCCUAAAGCUCGAGUGGCCUCUAUAGGGGUUGGAGGGAAAAAAGUGAUCCCUAGACGGGUCGUUCAAUUUUGUGAGAGUUAAGAAGAUAAAUAAUGAAAGAGAGCGUUCAUAAAUAUCGUUCGAGUUAUUCAAUUGAAAUACUUACACUGUUAGACGAAGAUACACCCUCAAACUUCAGAAGGAUCGUGAAUAUUCAAUAAAUGAAGUCCUAGCCGAAAACCUUUUCCAAGGUUUUCGCGUUUUCAGAUACUUCUGCAAAAUGUGUAAUAGUUGAUCAAAUUUGAAGUCUACAGAAAAGAUUUUUGAUGGAGUCUAGGAAUUUUGACGUUGAAAGCUGGUAGUUGAGCAAAGUUUUAUUUCUUUUUUUUAGGAAAUCUAGAAAAGGACUGACGAAAACUACACCUUUUUUGAUUCACUUCUGAUUCAUUAGUGACGCGAAACGGACGCGAAUCGGACGUUACUUGGCAUUUCUAGUGACCACUUUAGUAGCCUUAGCGCUCUUAUGUGAUCUCUAGAGUUGCUCAGAAGCGUCCGGAACACUUCCGUUUCGCGUCACCCAUGUCCGAGCAGACUUAAAUUGUUGAGAAAGGGACCUAAAUCGAAGAAUAGGGACCAUCUAUGAAAAGAUGACGGUAAUGAACCAUAACGAUCCAAAAAUCUAAAAAUUGUGAAAACGUGUACUUUUCCUUGAACCUAGCCCAAAAACUGCAGAUGCGUACGAUGGAGCACGAGAACCUGAACCGUUUCAUCGGGAUGUGCAUCGACGCGCCGACUUGUAUGUCCAUCUGGCGGUACUGUACCCGGGGAAGCCUGAAAGUCUGCACUACUGUAGUCUUACUGUAUUUCUACUUUCGGGUUUCAGGACGUCAUUCGCAAAAGUUCGAUAAAUAUGGACGGCUUCUUCAUUUAUUGCCUGAUAAAGGACGUCGCCAGUGUAAGUUUACAAGAAGCCAAAAAUCUUAGUUUAUUAUUAAAAAAAUAAAAAUUAGAAAAAAAGUACUUUUUGUUUUUGUUUUUUUCUUGAUAGUCGGAAAUUGAGGGUGGUGGUAUUAAUGUAGGACUUCGUUUUAAUGACCAGAGAAGAGGAGAAAAUAUUUGUUUUGAGAGAGGAAAAGGCCAUUUUUUGAGUCAUGGAGCUUCUUUUAUUCACGCGAUUUUGAAUUGAGGGGCGGAAAAGGAUAUUUAAAAAACAAAUUGGUUUGUUAACUUCAAAGGUCAUGCUCAAGAAUAAAAAGAGAAAAGGAAAAUUGAAAACUUCAAGCGAUUUUUUGUUCGUUUGUGUAGAGAUCAUUCUAUUGAAAGAGAGGUCAAAAGGAAUGUUUAAAAAAAGUUCCCAAAGUGAUCUUUAUAGGGGCAAAGUUUGAGCUUCUAUGCUACAACAAUUCUCCAAUUUUCAUUCAAAUGGACUACGAAGUCGUCAUUUUUUCUGCAAUUUUCAAGAAUUAUGUUUUUUCGAAUCAACUUUUAAAGAUCACCAUGAGAUUUUUGAGUUGAAAGGAGCCAAAUAAAAUUUUUUAAGUGGUCCUUUCUUUCAAAAUUUUCAUAAUUCCUCAACUUUUUUCGACUUUAUCACUGUUACCAACCCUUCAGACGACACCUCAUACCCUUUUUUUCUGAAAAAAUAUCGUAUACCAAACUUCGCUUCAAGACCUUUGCUUUGUCCUGUCUUUGUUGCAUUUUCUAGAGAAUUUUUUUUAACGGUUUUUACUUUGAUUUUCUUGUGCUUUCCAAGCAUGACUGCACAUAACAUAGGAGAAAAAUCUUGCAUUUUUUAUUAAUUUUCUAGGGUCUGGCCUACCUUCAUUCUUCACAACUUGGAAAACACGGCCGUUUGACCUCCUCGUGUUGUUUGAUCAGCGACCGGUGGCAGGUCAAAAUCACCGACUUUGGCCUGAGUUUCCUGCAGGAUCAGGAGAAAAGAACUGAGAAUGGUUAUUCUAUUGCUUUUUUCUUUUGAUAUUCACAUUGAGCUUCUUUUAAUUUUAUGUUUUCGACAUUUUUUGGGAUUUUUAAAGGCGCAUGACCUUCAUUGAGAAAGUUUUCUACGAUUUAUUUUUUUUCGUUUUGUAUGAUUUCUAAAUUUUUGUAAGUAGGGGUUUAUCAUUCGAAAUCUAAUGUUCCUUCGAUAGCCUCAGAAAAGAAUCCUUGAAAAAAUAUAUAACAUAAAAACUUUUUAGAACUUUUGUACACGGCCCCGGAAAUCCUGAGGCAAGGCGAUAGUGCGGAGGGAACUCGGGAAGGCGAUUUGUUUCAGGUUUUUCUAGAGAAAAUGAGGAUUUUCAAUUGAUUUUUUCCCAGUUUUGCAAUAAUUUGCUCGGAACUCGUUGGCCAGACGUCGGCCUGGGAUCUGGAGAACCGGAAGGAAGAUGUUGACGGUGGGUUUGUGUGAUCAGAAAGUGGAAAAUGAGUUUUUAAUUCAGAAAAAUGGGCUUUGAUGAAUAAAAUUUUGAGAAAAUGUGAUCAAAAAUCUCAAAUUUUUGAGCAAUAUGAAGCUAUUUAUGAAAAGUCUGUUCAUUUUUAUUUUUUUCCGUGAUUUUUUAUUAUAAUCACGCUUGGAUGAGGAGAUUCAUUGUAAGAUUACUGAAGAAACCAUUGAAAUUCGGUAAAGUAAUGAACUUCAAAGUGUGUAGUUUGAUAUAAAGUUAAUUUUUUUGUUUCAAACUGAUUUCUACCAUUUCACCCUUUCUUCAUCUCAAGUCUUCAUUUCUUCCUCCCAGAAAUCGUAUUCAUGCUGAAAAGAGGCGGCAAAUCGUUCCGACCCGAUUUGAUCAUGCGUGAAGGAGAUCUGAACCCUGGCCUGGUAACUUUUAGGAAAACUAGUUCCUAAAGUUAAUUUUUUACUGAACAGGGGCACCUGAUUCGAGAAUGCUGGGAGGAAAAUCCACAAAAUCGGCCUUCGAUCGAGACGAUCAACAAGUUGAUGAGGAAUAUGAACGAUGGCAGGUUGGGUUUUGAGAGGGAAAAUGGGGGGGGAGUUUUUUUCAGAGAUCUUAUAAGGAACUUUUAAAGAAAAAAAGGUUAGGGAUUUCAGAAGAAAAAGUUGAAAGUUUUGAGAAAAAAACUGACAGAAAAAGUCAGUAGCUCCUACAUGUAGAAAAAAAUAGUUUUCUGGAUUUUUUUCGAAGAAUUUUUGGCGUAGAUUCUUGAUUUUCAUGCCUUGAAAAAGUUGUGAAAUUGAAAGUUAUUGGGGAAAUUUUACUUAUUUUAAAAAAAUUAAGGGGCCUUGAAAAAAUUCAAAAAGUUGAGGAAUAGUUGAAAAAUGCAGAUUUAUAGGUGGAAAGUUCUGAUUUUCUAGUGGUCGAGUUACCUACAAAUUUUGAGAAAAAUGUCAGUUUUUAGGUGAAAAUAGUGUUUUUUUCUAUUAUUUAGGUCAACUUGUGGAUAUUUUUUUCUUACAGUUUUUGAUUUUUUUUAGCAAAUUAUCCACAAAAUUGGAUCAAUAGUUGUGAAGUGUAGAAAUGGUGUGUUUAUUUUUUUUUUUAAAUAACUCUUGACUCCUUCGUUCAAAAAAAAAUUAGGAGAAAUUGAAGGUCAUGUUUAAAAUCUGUAUGCUCUAUAGUCUUCGUGGAGAAUUAUGAGAUAUUUUUGUAAUAAUUAAAAAAAAAUAAAGUGAAAUAAUGAUUUUAGGAACGCCAACCCUGAUGGACCACGUCUUCUCGGCCUUGGAAAAAGCACGCGUCAAGCCUGGAAGACGAGGUCGAAGAAAGGAUGA